GCCUCACUCCCAGCUCCCAGCUCCCAGUAGUAGUCGGUCAGUCUUUCGCGCACCUUGCUCUCGUGCGCGCACUGUAGGCUCUUGUAUACAAGUGGUACGGGUCAACGCGCCAUUUUUUUCCUUCUGUACCCUUUUUCUUUUGCAUACGUGGAUUCGUAUCCAACUACACGUAUACAGUGUGCCUCCCCGCUCAUAAUUACAACAGAUUUGGAGUUUUUGUUGUUUGUUGUCAGCCUGAAGUUGUGUACACUGAUACUGCAUCGCACAAGGGGAACGGACGCACGUGAAGAGGGUCCAAGGGACGGAGGAGAGGGUCGUUUCCUCAUUCUGAUCCCUCUCUGUUAUUUGGGUUGUUAUAAAUUAUAGGUAGGUGCCCACCUCGCGUAGACCAACUGAACCCAUCGGCACGAGAGGAUGGCUCUCGGCAACCUCCUCCUGCUACUAGCGGUAGGCGCGGCGGUUACCAGCUGCCAGGGCGCUAAGCGUCCCGAGGCCACGCAAAUCGACAAGCUGCGCGACGCGGUCUUCGCUCUCGAGCCCCUCGACGGUUGGUUCUCGGGGCGGAACGACCCCGAAUACCAACAGCGACACACCGACGAGCUGGUCCGCGUUUACCGCGACCUGGGGAACGAGAUAGACCGACAGUUUUCUCACCUGGAAAAGAAACAACAGCAAUUACCCCUGAACAGCCCGAACUGGGAGUGGGUGAACGCGCAGGCGGCCCUUGGCACCGUGGACGGUGUCUACCUGACCUUCCGGAAUAUGCUGCGCGACGCGGCCAAUACGGGGAGCAAGCAGUGGCUCAAGUUCGCCAGGACCGUACUUGGACGCUCCGACGAAGCCGUGGCUCCGGCGCUCGAGAAAAUCGCGCGGGCCAUCGUGCAGGGCAACAUCUUCGUUUCGGCCUACCAGGAGGCCUCGCUGCAAAUUUGCGACACCCAGCAGUCGCCGCAACAGCUGCUCUACAACCUUUACAACACGAUCGCCCUCACGGAGGUCAAGGGCUACACGAUGAUGCAGUUCUCCUGGGCGCUGCUCAAACUGUACAACAUCGGCAAUUUUACCGAGGAGACGGAGCAGCUGAAGCAACAAUACGCGAUCCGGACGUCGGAGACCCUCAGGGCGAUCAAGACGGCCAUGGCGUUCGCGCCCCGGGAACUGUGGAAGUGCGAUCCAAGCGUGCACAAGCGCGACGUGACGUACACCGAGCUGAAACAGCUGUUCCAGGGCUUCAUUGUGAACGAGGUGGACCUCAACUCGCAGGGCACGUGCAAAGAGAAUUGUGGCUACUACAGCUACUCAAAGGUCUACGGGUGCUUCAAGAACAAGUUUUGCGCGAGACAGCGCCGCUGCAACGGCAAGAUACUCAAUUGCCAGUACGUCGACUCGGACAUGUGGGUUUGUCCAUCGGCUAGGUACAGCGACAGGCGCUACGACAGUAUAGAGUACGAAAACGGCGUCAAGUAUGGGAGCGCGGACAAGUGCCUGAACCCGACCAAGGUCGACAGCUGGUGGCGCUGGAUAUUCUGGCACUGCAGCUACUGCAUGUGCACCUGCGACGACCACAACGCCAAUUCCGAACGGUACUUCAACCUGCGCGACGUUACCUCCGACGUUAGCAAAAACAUGGUGGUCACGGGAGUGCGGCUGAAGAAGGUCAACCAGGUCGUGCACAUCCAGAUCCAGGAGGGCCGGCUAAUGCCGCACGGUAAUAUAGACGCGACGAGCGUGGUCUGGAAGCCCGUGGACAACUACACGAUCGUCGACGCGGGUGUUAGGUCAGGGAUUGACUAUCACACCAUCAUGUGGGAGAAGCGAGCCGUUGAUCUGGACGACCUGGACGCGCCGGAGGACCACCUGAUGACGGGACUGAGGUUCAGACUCGUAGGUGCCCACUUGAAUCUCGAGAUACGCGUCACGCCGUUCAACUUCAGCACCGGCGAACUCGCCGGGGAGAAAAGCCUUUGGCACUCGCACGAUGCCACGGAGGCCAGCGAGGUUUACGACUACAACGGCGAGACUAGGGUGACGACCAAGAGAACCGAGCUGAAGAUCAACGAUCCGGACAUCCCGACGCGCUCGAGCGCCCAAUCCGUGCCCGACUCCAAGAGCAACCAGUUUUUGUUAUUCACGCCAACCGAUUUGAAGAAGGACGUGGCGCAAAACACGGUGCCGUUCAUCGACAUUCAGCCGGUCGAGCCUAAGCCCCCAGUGCCCAUAGCCGGCUGUGGAAUCUUCCACAAAGGCCGCGAGGGUUACGGCGGCUUCCUCGCACUCAAGCUCAUCACCUACAACUUCGAGCCGAAGCUGAGGUCCGACAUGCCACCCGCGCCCCCGCUCAUGGGCAUGAGCAAUGAUGUCAACGCGAUGUAAGAGAGUAGAAAGCUGUUUUGCCAAAGAGAAGAGGGGGAGAAGGGAGGGAACAUGGAAGCCGGGAUUUUUCGGUGCUCUCUAUAGCGCUACCACUCCGCGAUCAUCGAUUAUUUCUGUUAUUACUAUUGUAUCGCGGUUAUCACUGAAUUAUUAUAUAAUAUGUCUCUUUUCUAUUGAACGUGACGUGAGUUGAGAUUUCGUUACUGUGAAAUAUAUAGAUGUAUGUGCGCUCGAUUGUACUGUGAUUUUACUUUAAAAAAACAAAAUAAACAAAAAAAAAAAAAACGACGCUGUAAUGUAUGUGCACAGUGCCACGUGCCACUUAUGUUGGGACGGAAACAUUAUAAGUUACAUUUGUAUUGUAUAAAUAAUAAAAUUUUUAUAAUAGAAAAACAAAUAAAUCGCUCUCCUUUUCAUUUUUUCCUUUCUCAGUCGCAUGAUGAUUCUUGAAUCAACAAUGAAAAACAUUACCGACACAAAUGCCAAGAAAAUGCCAUAGUAUUGACAAAACAGGUGGAAGCAAAGCUUUAUAUGACACGGA